CCCCCUCCGCGUUCUAAAGUGGGUGGGUCCCUGUUCAUUCAUAAAUCCUCGGCCCCUCUUAAAUCAAAAUUAAGGUGUUCAAGAGAGACGGAAAGGGGGACUUCCUUCCCCAAGACAUUAAAAAAAAAUAAAAUAAAUUGCAACCUCCGCCGCUUCGCUUUUGGAUCGCGCAGGGAUCCACGAAUUCGCCGAAUCUGGUGCUGCCAGGAAAGAAAUCCAGCCACGGAGAAAAAGAGAGGAGAGGAGAGACGAGACGCUUGGUCCAUCUCCUCGGGCAUCACCGGAAGACGAGGGACGCGAAGAUGCUGUGAGCAAGCCAUGGUGACUCUCUUCCCCCUCAAACAUGUGAGCUGCAAGAAAGAACGAAACGAGAAGCAGGGAUAAGAGCUGCGGGAGAGAGGGAGCGAAAAAAAAAGAAAAGAGGAGAAAAAGACUGCAGUCCCGUUGUUGUUGUUCCUCCUUCUUCUCUUCAGCCUGCUUGGAUUGAUGUAUAUACAUCUGCUUUUCACUCUUCUUCAUUUUCCUGAGUCUGUUUUUUAAAAAAACCCAACUACUAGUUUUGAUUUAUAUGCCCAGCUACUCUGGCCACAAACAAUGAGCGAUGCGUUUACUUCAUGGGCAAAUACGACAACUGAAGGCGUGACGACGGUGCCUGGCGAAGUGAGCCCCCAGGACGGUUAUGUGCUACUUCUUGUGCUUCUUUCGAUCUUUAUCGGGGGCACCCUGGUGCUGCUCUUUGGCGUCCUGAUCGUCUGCCGACGCUGCUGCGAAACAGACCAAAGGCACUCCAGAGCCAGCGAUGACCCAGAAAAAACCAACACCACCUAUCUGGAUGACUCACAGCCGGCACAAGACAUCACCAUUAAAGUGGAUGACCCAGAAUGCAUGUCCAGCUCCAGCUAUCGAGAUGCCGAGAGUGAGCGGUUUCUGUCUUCUGGCAGUGCCAUGGGGCGGCGGGUGUCUUUCAACGAAGCUGCCCUGUUUGAGCAGAGCAAGAAAACGCAGGAGAAGGGAAGGAGGUACACUCUGACCGAAGGUGAUUUCCAUCAUUUGAAGAACGCCCGUCUCAGCCAUCUGCCCCUGCCACCCUCGGCUGCCCUUAAAAUCAUCACCAUCCACGAGUGCGAAGCCAACGAGAACAGCGUCAUGAUGACUCCCCGCCUCCCACCUGCCAAGCCGAGCCUUGCCAUCUUUCACCCGAGUGGAAGCCCCCUGCCAAAGACGGCGCUGACCAGCCAUGGGGGUCUGUGUUCGAGUUCAACGCUACCAGGGGACACUUUUAACUCCAGCGUUGAAGCUGCUUCCUCCGUUUCCUCUGACUCGGGCGAGGGAGUUGCGUCUGGCAGUGCAGUCAAGGCCGCCAAAGGAACCGCCAUGGCUCCUCCACAGGAGCCCACCUCAGCACCUCCCCAGGGCACCGUCCUUCAUUUCCUGACCCGCCUGCGCCGUCACGCUAGCCUGGAAGGAGCGAGUCCCUAUUUCAGAAUCAAGAAGUGGAAACUGGAAACCAACCAGCGGGCAUCCAGCCUGGACACGAGAGGGUCCCCCAAGCGUCACCAGUUCCAGCGACAACGAGCCGCCAGUGAAAGCAUGGACCAAGAUCGCGAUCCUCAUCAGACGGACAUUAUCCAGUAUAUUGCCCGGACGGACGAUGUGGUUUUCCGGCCCGUGGCUGGACCGUUCUUGCCUGCUCCGGCCAGUCCAACAUUAUCUCUCGGCAGGUUAGAGUCUUCCGAACCACCCAGCCCCACCCCACCCGAGCCAUUGGAACAGCAACCCACCCCCCUUUAUCAUGACAUCUGGAGCUUACGGGCAUCGCUAGAAAAAUGUGUUUCAUCAGAGAAGGGCAACGACCAGGACUCGGCACCUAGUGAUGGUGGGGACAGCGUUUCCUCCAGCGGUGGGCUACCCAGUUUCUCCUCCUCCUUGGCCGAUGAGGCUGAAGCCGGAGAGGACAGGUCCUUGUCGAAACCCAAGCAAGACAGCGUUGAGAUGGAAGCCGGGACCCGUAAACUCUUGCAGAUGGAUAGCGGCUAUGCCUCCAUUGAAGCCCCCAGUGGCCGAGUAGGAGAAGACCAGACGGCCUCGGAGAAACGUUUCUGCUUCACCAGCGCUGGACGCAAGGCCACCAUCUUUGAGAGCUUUGAGGGACAGGAGCCAGAAGCAGAGGAGGAAGAGGAGGAGGAAGAGGAGGAAGCAGCUGGCGCCGUUGGAGGUCUCCUCCCUUCUAGUCCAUUGCUCUGGGCACCGUAUGGGCAGAUGUUCCCCGCACGAGAAUCCUUCCCUCGCCGGGACUACAGCAUCGAUGAAAAAACAGACGCGCUCUUCAACGCCUUUGUCCGCCACGACCCCCAAUUCGAUGAAUCCCCCCUGCGGGCCAAACACCGCUCGCGGACCCAUUUGAGGAAGCAAUGGCAGCGUACCAAGCAGUACAGCGACCCAGGCGUCCGCUAUCCCACAGCUUUGGAGAGGCACCGGACACCCCUGCGUCGGGGCGACAGCGUCAACUACCCCCUGGAAGGCCGCUACCACAGCACCCUGCCACGUAUUGUCAGCUCCGGGGACGAGGAGGUGGCCUCACCCGCCGCAGAAACGGGGGAGAAGAUCCAGGUGAUUGAGGAAGAACCCCCGGAGGAAGCCAAAACGGGACCUGACCCGUACACCAGGGACUGUCUCGAAAGUGGUCAGUGUCCGGGGCUGGGCACAGAACUCCUGGACAAGAUCGCAGGGGGGCUGGAGGACAUGUUUUUCACACCCUUGAAAAAACCACGAGAGAGUCUAGAGUGUGUGGUGAUGGUGGCCGCCCGGGCUUCCCCUGAGCAUAGCCCCGAAUAGUGGCAAAGGGAAGCACUGGGAUGACCCUUUCUCUGUCUCGCCCCGGGGCUGGGGGGUGCCACGCAGGGCCUGCCAGCCAGCCGGGAUGCAGGGUGCUCCAGGGGCUCGAGGGCGCGGAGCAAGAUCAAGGAACGCCCUCCUGCUCUGUCAGCCUUCCGCUGUGUAUCAGGAAGCCCCACCUGGAGGUCCCCUUGGGGGGUUGAGAAGGUCCAGGGCUGAAGACUUGGCCAGCGGAGAUCCCUGUGUCUCCGGCCACAAGAUGGAGCCCACCGAGGACCUGGGGAAGCUCUGGCUGGAUCCAUCCAUGCCUUUCCAGCAGGGCCCCGGAAGGUGGGUGGGGGGGAGCACAUCCCAAGAAGGGAGACCUUCCCUUUUUGGGGGGGGGGGGUCCAAAGAGAGCAGGGUGUCCGCUGGAGAGCCGAAGGGCCUUCUCUUCCUUCUGGUUAGAUCCAGGGGUGGGGACAAGGGAGAGCUCAACCGAAUCUCUCCCCCAUUUCGAAGCAGGUUUGCCAUAGUCGGCGUUAUCUCUUGCACAGCCAGGAAGUUUUUAAGUUUUCAGGGGCUCGUUCUCGAGAAUAAUAAUAAUAAUAAUAAUAAAUAAUAAUAAUAAUAAUAAUAAGAGAAAACAGCCCCCAAAUCUACCGGAGGCCUGACAUACCUCACACUCUACGAGCUGGUUGUAGCAGAUAAUUUCAGCUCCUUCCACCUUUUUUCCCCCGUGCACACCUCUCUCUCUCUCUCUUUCUCUCUCUCUGGUUUUUUACAAGCAAUAACCUGUCCUCCUCCCCCCCCCCCCCACCGCCGGCAAAGCCAUCUUUGCUCGAGGGAGGGGCCGGCUUCGCCUUCCAGGUGGGGCAGGAAUCCCCUAUCUCAGCCCACGGACGGACAGAUGGAUGUUUCUCCACCUUUUUGCAUUGGUGUGAUGUGUGGAAAAGUUUACAUUUUCUCGCGUGGAGUGAAUCUGCCACUUCCUGGAUGGGGUGGGGCGGCGGGUGGGAUGUUGGGGGUGGGGGUGGAGGCUGGUAGGGAACCCCUGAAACAAAGAACGCUGCUUGAAGGGUGAAUAGCACAAUUCUCCGUUUCUCUCUCUUUUUUCUCUCUCUCCGUUCCCUCCCACCCGCCUUUCUACCAUUUUUGAAGGCUCAUUUUUCACACUUUUCCAGCUGUUCCUUCGGGUGGGGUGGGGGUGUUUCUCCCCCGUGGUUCCAUUUUUUUUUUUUUCUUCAUACCCUUCCUUCCAUGGUUCACUCUGCAUCAUUCAACCUGUCCUGUUUUGGUCCACCUCGCAGGGCUGUCGCUUGCUUUUUGGGGUUUUCUUGCUGCUUUGAUACAAAAAAAAAAAAAGAGAGGACCGGGUCGCAUUUUGGGACGCUGGAGAAAACAGUGAGAUCGAAACCCAAUUUCUGGUCUUCUGAACGGGUUGAAAAAACAGGCAGAAGGCUCUGUGUUAGCAACCGGUUAACCCCUUUCUUAGGCUGAAGGUGAAUAUUAUCGUUGCUUUUUGGUGGUAAUGGGAUUAUUACUUAGCAGGUAUACCCUGGUUUCUUUCUACACCCCCCCCCUUCUUGGUUAUUCCUUAUUCUACAAGUUCCCCUUCUCCAUCUAUAUAUGCAAAACAGGUGUUGCUUUUGAGUAUUGUUAUUAUUUAUUUCUGUGUGCGUGUGUUUUUCCCAGGGCAGGUAUUCCUCUCGUGGCAUCCUUUAAGUCAGGGGUCUCCAACCUUGGCGACUUUAAGCCUGGCGGACUUCAACUCCCAGAA